AUCCAUUCUUUCUACUUUUGCUCAAUUAGGGUUUUCUUUUUGUAAUCGUUUUCUUUACGUUUAAUACAGCCUUUAAUCAUUCAAAAACCAAGUUUCUUUCUUGUUUGCCUUUUCGUGAAACCCAUCUGCUCGUCUCAUAGAAGUGUAUUAGCAGAUAAAUUGAUUGAAGGAUUGCGCGUUUUGUGUCUGUGGAUCUUGGGGUUUGAAUGAAUUAAUCUGUAAAUUCAGACGGAAAUACAUAUGGAGAGUUCCAACUCCAUGAACAAAGGGAAACGGAGAUUGGAGGACGAUGAUCAACAGUCAGACCGAAAGCGGCCGGCUUUAGCCAGGGUUGUUGUUGAAGCACUGAAGGUUGAUAGUCUGCAAAAACUUUGUUCUUCUUUAGAACCUAUUCUGCGUAGAGUGGUAAGUGAAGAAGUGGAACGUGCUUUAGCUAAAUUAGUCCCUGCUGCACUUGCUGGAAGGUCAUCCCCACCAAAAAUAGAAGGACUAGAUGGGAAGAAAUUGCAGCUGCAAUUUAGGUCUAGGUUAUCUCUUCCACUCUUUACAGGAGGAAAAGUUGAAGGAGAGCAAGGUGCUACAGUUCAUGUUGUGUUGAUUGAUUCGAAUACGGGCCAUGUAAUAACUUCCGGUCCUGAAUCCUCCAUAAAGCUGGACGUUGUUGUGCUUGAAGGCGGUUUUAAUGAUGAAGAUGAAGAAGGCUGGACACAAGAGAAGUUUGAAAGCCAUGUUGUUAAAGAGCGCGAAGGAAAAAGACCACUUUUGACAGGGGACUUACAAUUGACUCUCAAAGAAGGCGUGGGAACUUUAGGGGAAAUUAUUUUUACAGACAAUUCGAGUUGGAUAAGAAGCAGGAAGUUCAGGCUUGGUUUGAAGGUUUCUUCCGGUUUUUGUGAUGGGAUUCGAAUUCUUGAGGCAAAAACCGAAGCUUUCACUGUUAAAGAUCACAGAGGAGAAUUAUACAAGAAGCAUUACCCGCCUGUCUUGAACGACGAGAUAUGGAGAUUGGAGAAGAUUGGAAAGGAUGGUUCAUUCCAUAAGAGAUUGAAUUCGGCAGGAAUAUUUGUCGUUGAAGAUUUUCUCCGCCUAGUUGUUAGAGACUCCCAGAAGCUACGGAAUAUUCUAGGAAGUGGCAUGUCUAAUAAGAUGUGGGAGGCUCUCGUAGAGCAUGCAAAGACGUGUGUACUAAGUGGGAAGCUCUAUGUUUAUUAUCAAGAUGAUGCGAGAAACGUUGGAGUUGCUUUUAACAAUAUUUAUGAACUGAGCGGCUUAAUAGUUGGUGAAGAGUUCCACUCAGCCGAUUCCCUUUCUGAAACCCAAAAGGAAUAUGUAGACUCCUUGGUCAAAAAAGCAUACGAAGAUUGGAACCAAGUAGUAGAAUAUGAUGGUAAAUCGUUUCUAAGCUUCGAUCAGCUUAAUAAAAGCCCGCACAGCACAGGAACAUGCUCAGGCUCGGUUGAUUAUCCAAAUCGUUUGGAGAAUCUUCAUCCUACAGAUGGUGUAGAUGUGUCUGUAAUAGAAUCAAGCCGAGCAAUUGAAGGCUUUAAUAGAUACCCAUCUCAGCUCCUGAAUACGAGCGAUCUUAUUGAGUUUGAGAGUGAUAUUUUUGCUACACAAGACCAGCAGAUUCAAAACAACAAUUCUUCUGUUAACCAAUCUUUUGUUAAUAAUCCCUUUGACGAUGUCUGUGUACAGAACCAAGAGAAGGGUGUUAUGGACAUUUUAUCAGAGGAGGAUAUUCGUUUGAGAAGUCACGAAAUGCUGGAGAACGAGGAUAUGCAGCAUUUGCUCAGACUCUUCAGCAUAGGUGGUGAUGGUCAGAACUCGGUUAAUGGGUUUGAUGAUGGAUUUGUGUUUCCAUCGUUCAUGCAAUCGCAAGAACCAGACAUGGGUUUCAAAGAGGUUCGUCCGCGUCCUGUUAGAUCGGUUGCAGGUUGGUUGAAAAUCAAGGCUGCUAUGAGAUGGGGAUUUUUUAUCAGGAAGAAAGCAGCUGAAAGGCGUGCCCAGAUUGUAGAGCUGAAUGAUGAAGAAGACGAGUAAGAAUAGGGCUUUUAAGUUCUCUGUACAGUUAGUUCUUCAGCUUUUGACACAUUUACUAUUGAUUUGUUUUAGAGAGAAUGAUUGAAUGAUUUGAUAUAGUUUAGGAUAUCUCCAAUGAUUGCCAGUUUCUAGACAAGAAUGUUUCUGUUCUUUAUUAAAAUUAAAGUGAAUUGAUAUUGUGUUUUA